AUGACUUGUGAAACUCUCGGGUAUCCAGAACUUGAGCAAAAACCAUCGGAGAAAAAAUUGAUUAAAAUAAACUUUCCCGUUGGUCCGGAGCCCUGCAACGUGGUCUGCCCCAGUUGUCGCCAACAGGUCACCACCCGUACAGAGCCGAAGGCCUCCACUAAGACGCACAUCAUAGCUCUGAUCAUGUGCCUCACCUGCUGCUGGCCCUGUGCUUGCUGCCUCUACUGCACCCAAUGCGCCCGGAACGCCGACCAUCACUGUCCAUCCUGUAACGCUUUUAUAGGCACCUACGAGCGUUAA